AGCUUUAAAUAUACAGGAUACGUGUCUAACAAUAAUAAGUGCAUUUAAUAAUUUAUCUUACAAUUAGAAACGGGUGACACAAGAUGAUAACAAGAAUCAUAAUGAAGAUUUAAAACGGCCAGAGUCUUUUUGACAACACAAUGUCUUCCAAAGACACUAUUAUUAAGAUUGAUGACUCAAGAAAUGGCAGAGAGAGUCAAAAAACAGAGAUUAAUAUACUCUGCCUCAAUCUAACGCCAUACAGCCAGCUCACACAGUUUCUUUGUUGUUGUAUAUUUGUAUUUAUUUGCUAUUUAGCCUAUGGAUUAUACCUAGAACUCAUAUUUUCUGAGCCGGAGGUGAAACCAGUGAGUUUGUAUGUAACUUUAGUACAAUUUAUUAUUACUAUGGCGCUCAGUUAUGUCGAAUCAUUGAUAAGGAAUCCAAUUAAGAGAAAAGUACCAUUAAAAAUAUAUGCCCUAUUAGCAGCAUUGACUCUUGGAACCAUGUCACUCUCAAACCUAGCACUAAGUUACCUGAACUACCCGACGCAGCUGAUCUUCAAGAGCUGCAAGCUCAUACCGGUGAUGAUCGGCAGCAUCAUUAUACUGGGGAAGAGAUAUGGCUUCCUGGACUAUGUGGCGGCUGUCGUCAUGUGUAUAGGCCUCACAAUGUUUACUUUAGCGGAUUCUAUGACGUCUCCAAACUUCGACGUAGUAGGAGUGAUCGUGAUAUCCCUAGCCCUCCUCUGUGACGCCAUCAUCGGCAACGUGCAAGAGAAGGCCAUGAAGCAAUUCCAGGCGUCCAAUAAUGAAGUGGUUUUCUACUCUUAUGCGAUUGGCUGCGUUUAUUUGGUGGUCAUUACGGGGAGUACGGGGAUAUUAGCUAAUGGAUAUGUUUACUGCUCACAGGUCACCAGCCCACUAACCAUGUACAUCAACAUAUUCCUGCUGAGCUUGAGCGGGUACCUCGGCCUGCAGGCGGUGCUAACGCUAGUCCGGAUAAGCGGGGCGACUGUGGCAGUGACAGUCACCACUAUGAGAAAGGCACUGUCGAUUGUCAUAUCGUUCGUGUUGUUUAGCAAGCCGUUCGUUUUCCAAUACGUGUGGUCCGGUAUGUUGGUUGCUCUAGCAAUAUACUUGAAUCACUACAGCAAGAAAAACCCAGGCUACGUCCCCGGUAUUGUACAGGCUUGCAUACAUUCCACGCGCGCGUUCUACCAAUCAGAGUAUAGGUAUUUAAGAAUGAAGUCCAAAAUCUAUGCAGACACUGUAUAGUAGGAUAAUGUAGCUAGUUAUAGGUAAGGCCGCUGAUUGCUACACACUCGAUAAGUAUGUAUGUAUAAGCUUUAUUGUACAUAAAGGAAACAAAACAGAGUCAGUAAUAUACAAAUAAGGUCAUAAGUCACAAGGUACGUAAGAUUUUGUAGUUGCUUUUAAAGACACUGCGUUUAACAGUAAGGGCCCCCCUCAUUAAGCGUCUCCCGAGCGUAGCGUCGGGCCAACUGUAUGGCAAAGCCUGACGACGCCGUCUUUUUUCAUACAGUUGACCCGACGCUAUGCUCGCGAGAUGUGGGGGACCUAACCCCUUGACCGCUAAUGACUGACUGCAACUGUGCGUUCGGCAUUACAUAAUCGCCGACUCAACAUUAAACGACUGUACGUUUCAUAGUAAACAUUCCAAGUUCAAUUUUAAGAUUCCAUUUAAGAGUAGAUAUCUAUAAUGGUCGAUAUUCGAAGAUGCUUGGAUUGAACGUGGAGACGCAUUUUGAUACUUGCUACAGAAACGAUGAGUCUUCUCAAGAUAGAGCUCAAAUUGUUACCAAUGUCUCAAAUAUUAUAGACGCCUAAUUAACUAAACUUGUGUGAGUAUGGUGAUAAAACAGCAUUUGUAUCUGUACUAUACUUAUAUAUAUGUAGCAUUCACGGUCAUUAGGUAGAGAAAUGAACGGCAUAGCCGGCAUAUUUCUAAGUUGAACUUGUUGGGUUUUUUACAGCAAAAUAUUUCAUCUUUUUUUGACUUUGUACAGUUCCUAUCAAAUUUUUCGAAAGUACCAUAGUUUAUCUUAAGAGGUACUUUAUCUAAAUAUUCUAAAAUAAAUCGUUUAUAUGUGAGAAUUAUUAAAUAGUACAUUUUGAUACAAGUGCGAAAAAAAGGAAGUUCGAAACGAGUGGCGAUAAAUUAAAACACGACCGAAGGGAGUGUUUUAAAUCGACACGAGUUACGAAUUUCCUUUUCGCACGUGUAUCGAACGACGUUUUU